AUGGAAACCGUGGCGAGUUUACUGUCGUCCCGCCGACAACGACGCUUUUCGGCAACACGUUUGCGGUACCUGUACGCCGAUCUACUCGAGCAAUUGGAUACAUCGCCGGACACUUUGGAACCACGACAGGUUCCCCACGCCUUUAUCCGGACCCACGCGAGUAUCUGGUUCUACUGGAAAUCCUACGCAGCCUUUGCACACCAGCGUGACGACGACGGUCGCCACCAGGAUGUGGACUCCGCCCCGUCCCAGAAGCAACAUGCACUGGCGGUCGCCUUUCGUUUGCUCGCAGCGACGCGAUCCGCCGACAAAGAAGGGGCCAACGGGGGAGCCAGAAUCAUGCGGGACGAUGCGAUGGUCACCGCGUUGGCCCACGCACGGCACCGGGAAGCCAGAGUGACGGAACUCGUACGACAAAUUGGUGAAGUGCUGGUGAACGCCGAACAACCUGCCUUGACCUCCAAUCGAUUGCGGAGUGAUGAGGUCUUUGAGUACUUUUGUGAAAAAGCUAUGCUGACGCUGCUGGUGGAUAUUGUCAAGGAAACACCGCAGACCGGAACGUCCCGAACCGCGUCGCCGGAACAGUGCUUACACGGAGUGGUCUGGAGUCCUCUGGUCAAAGCACAAGUGCUACACACCGUGUCACUACUGGUGUCCGGGGUACGCGACCCGUCCGCUCUAUACUUCAUUCUAUCCCAAAACUGUAUCAAUGAAUUGAUUGCCUGCAUUCUACCUCUGCAGCAAUGGACCGAUCCAGCACUGGAGAUCAUGCUACCACUCUACGUUGGCUUCAUCAAAACCCUGUCGUUACAGCUGAGUGGAUCACCACCCCAACUCUUUCCUUUCUUUGCCGUCCACGAACCCGCGAACAAUCACGUCUAUUUUCCGCUCUUUACCGCCACACUUGAUACCGCCACAAGCACGUACGCUCAGUCCAAUGCCUAUGUACACUUUACCUGUCUCAAUCUGAUUGUCGACUUGAUGCAAAUUCAAUUCGCACCUAUCCGGGAAUGGAUCCGUGGAGCGGAACGAGAACAAGGUCUCUUGGCCCGUCACCUGGCUACGUUGCUCCGGCGGAGGUCUCGAAGGAUUGCCAAUCUUGCGACCGGACCAGUCGUGGACGGCGUACGCAGUAACGCCAUUGUCGGCCAAUUGAACGGCCUACACGAAGAAAUUGACGCCCUGAACGACGUUUUCUUUUGCGGCAUUCAAGAAUUGAAUGUUCGGCUUUGCGAAGAACUCCUGCAGACAGUCGUUUCCGUACUUUUGUCUGGACUGUUGCCAUCUCGAGAACGUAAAUUCUUGAUGGUUGGAAUUCUGGAUGCCGACGUCAUCCCCGAGAAGGAAGCGCUGGCCCAAGUUUCAGUGUUUGUAUUGGCCAAGCUUUUUCAACGACUCGAAUAUGCUCCUUUGGUGCGUAUGCUAGCAGUCGCUCUCCUACAUCCCCAAUCUGCGCCACUUUGGACGACCACCCAACCACAGGCAACGCGUUCCCCCGAUUAUAUCUUUACCUCUGCCUUGAACUCGAUCGUAGCCGGGAAAAUGGACAAUGACAUGGACAAUCCGUAUCGGAGCAAUGUGUUUCAAGCCCUACGUGGCGAAUUUGGCCUUUGGCGGGUACCUACAGCGGCCAUGUUGUUGGAGGCUGUCCUAGAGUCUCCCGCGCUGGAUGCGGACGCAUAUCGAAUGCUGACUCUUCUAUCUUUGACUCCCAAUGCGGCCCAGACAACCUUCAUCCCGACCGUCUUCGAGACAUCCCUCGAAUCCGUUCUACUUCAACAUCACACUGCACUUUCCCCUGUCUGCACUAUUGCUCUCGAGUGCGUCACAUCGCUUGCCUUGCAGGUAUUGUACAUUUCAUCGAUAAAUACCGAGAAGAUAAAGUCACCACAUGUACUUCCAGUAGCAUCACUACUUUGGAACGCACUUCUCACAACAAAAAAAUUGUUUUAUCAACGAACUUUGGAGUCGCAACAACUUUUUGGAGUGUCAGAUCUUUUUGUCGACCUGAUUGAGUCCAUUGUCCAAGGGCGCUACCAACGGCUGACUAUGUCGACUAGGCACGGUAUCCCUCCUGUUUGCCGCUUUCAUGCGUAUCAAUUGGGCCAGCAUGGAUGUACGGCUUAUGCUACCACAGCAGAAACAAUCAUUCGCAAGCUUCGGGGGGCAACGAGCAACGACAUGGAAGUUGCCCGCUUCAACGCGCUUAUGGCGAUUCACUUUCGUGCCGUGUGUCGAGUCACGGAGCGUUUCUGGAUGGUCCUGGAACAGACUAGAAACAGCUCUGUAUCUUCUCCGCCACAGCUUUGCCGGCGACGAUCCCCAGUCGAUCCGAUGGCCCGGACGGAUCCGGCGGAUGAACUGGGUCACAUUUUCGGAGCUCUACGUGAGAGAUCGCCCAUCGGGACCGAUCUAGACCUCCGGGGACGCAUGACUUUUCGAUGCACAGCUAGUGAUGACGGGACAAACAGCGGCAGUUCAGCGGCCUUUGCCGAGCCAAAUGAGACCAAGCCGACAUCAAUGGACGAAUUGAUCCUUGUCCUAGACCCCAUGGACGUCUACGUUACGCGACCGAGAACGAAAGCAGAAAGUCUGCGGGGGAUUGUUCUUUGUGCUUUGCCCUUGCUCAACGUGAUUGCGGCGGCCGGUGAUGGGGCAUGGUUGCAUGUUGCGGUUCGGCACGAAAAUGUUCCGCGAUUGAUACAGAACGGCAACCUGACGCUGUGUUUCGAAAGCCCGGGGGCUUGUUUAAUUGUGGUUCAGUAUCUGGAUCGGUGUCGACAGAUUCUUCGACGGGAACUUCUCGACCAGAUCACUCAACUAUUUGUAGCCCACAAUGUUGCGGUAAUAAAAGAAGAGUGUAGCUCGAACGCAAUAAUCACCGCCUCUGGUAGCUCAUCUUCAGACCGAGAAAGGCAUCGAGACUCAAAACUUCAACCAUAA